AUGAAGUUCUUAACAACCAACUUUCUGAAAUGCCCCGUCAAGGCUUGUGACACCAGCAACGACAACUUCCCGCUACAGUUCGACGGCGGUAAGUGCCAACUGGUGCAGGACGAGUCCAUCGAGUUCAACCCGGAGUUUAUGCUGAAUAUCAUCGACCGUGUGGACUGGGCCGCACUGCUCAAGGUUGCUGGCGAACUGGGCAGCGUCACCUUGCCCUCCAAAAAACCCACCUUCCCAUGUAGCGUCCCGGAACUCACCGAAGUCGGCAUGGCAGUUCUAAACGAUCUGCACGUCAUGCUGCUGCAAACGUCCAUCACCGAGGGUGAGAUGAAGUGCAGGAACUGCGGCCACAUCUACUACAUCAAGAACGGCAUCCCCAACUUGCUGCUACCCCCACACUUGGUAUAA